CCACACUCUCUGGCUAGCUCUUCUCCGAGCAUGGCCACCGUCACAAUGUCGUCGUCUCUGCCCACGGCCAUGGCGUCUCUGGCGACGUCGCUGCGCGCCCUGCCCGCCCACGCCCUCGUGCCGCUCGUCGCCUCGGCGCUCCUCUUCCUCGCGGCCGUCGCCCGCCGCGUGCUGCGGCGGCAGCGGCCGGUGUACCUGCUCAACUACAGCUGCCACCUCCCGGACGUCGAGCGGAAGGUCAACCUCGAGGUGUGCGAGUACUUCGGCCAGCGCUGCCGGCACUACUCCGACGACACCGCCGACUUCAUGCGGCUCAUCUACCGCAAGUCCGGCCUCGGGCAGGAGACCUACGCGCCGCCGUUCAUCUUCUCCGGUGAGUUUCAGAAGACGCAGGCCUUCGCCGUGCAGGAGGCCGAGGAGGGCCUGUUCGCCACGGUGGCGCACCUGCUGGCCAAGUCCGACGUCCACCCGAGGGACAUCGGCGUCGUCGUUGUCGCCUGCUCCAUGUUCUCGCCGGCGCCGUCGCUGUCGUCGAUGAUCCUGCGGAGGUUCAAGAUGUCGCCCGACACCAAGACGUACAGCCUCGCCGGGAUGGGGUGCAGCGCCGGCACGGUGGGCAUCGACAUGGCGGCGCGGGCGCUGCGGGUGCGGCGGCGCGGGCCCGGCGGGUACGCGCUGGUUGUGGUGACGGAGAACACGAGCCUCAACUGGUACUUCGGCGAAAACAAGCACAUGCUGGUGACCAACUGCAUCUUCCGCGUCGGCAGCGCGGCGGCGCUCGUCACCGACGUCCCGGCGCGCCGCGCCGACGCCAAGUACGAGCUGGUGCGCACGCUGCGCACGCACCACGGCGCCGACGACGCCGCCUACAACGCCGCCGUGCAGAUGGAGGACGAGGAGGGCAACGUCGGCGUCGCGCUCACCAAGGACCUCGUGCGCGUCGCCGGCGCCGGCCUCCGGCAGCACAUCGCCACGCUCGCGCCACACGUGCUCCCCGUCUCCGAGCUGCUCAGGUACGUGUGGCGGGUGGCGCGGCUGUACGUCGCCGGGAGCCCGAAGGCGGCGGCGGCGGUGGUGCCGGACUUCCAGCGCGCGUUCGAGCACAUGUGCAUCCACUCCGGCGGGAAGGCGGUGAUCGACGCGGUGGCGAAGCUGAUGGCGUUUGGGCCGCGCGUCGUGGAGCCGGCCCGCGCCACGCUGCACCGGUUCGGCAACACCUCCAGCAGCCUCGUCUUCUACGAGCUCGCCUACUUCGAGGCCCAGCGCCGCGUCCGCGCCGGCGACCGCCUCUGGAUGCUCGCCUUCGGCACCGGCUUCAAGGCCUGCACCAACGUCUGGCGCGCCCUCCGCGACGCCGCCCCCGACGCCGACAACCCCUGGAACGAGUGCGCCCACCGCUACCCCGCCGCGCUGCCGCCGCCGUCC